AUGUCCCCCAAACGGUCUCGCACGACGUACCAUAGCGCACUGACGGACAAUGCGCGCCCAGGCGGACCUACUACUAUGGACAUGCUGGUGAGAUGGAUAACAAAACCCGGGAACGUAAAACGCUGGCGUUUGGAACCGCGAGCACCACUUAUACGUGAAGUAGUUGAUGCGAUGCAGGAGGAGGGACUGGCGCAUCGCCAGCCGCCAUUCGUGCGGUACAAACUGAUUGCGAUUGAGAAGCAGUACAUGACGGCUCAGAAAUGGCUGCUGGAGACCGGUAUGCAUGAUGCUUAUAUGAAGGGAAAGGCCACAAAGGAGGUGCGUGUUCAUGUGGAUAACUUGUGUCCUCACUUUCAAAAGCUGGAUCCAGCAUUUCGAAGUGUUCCAUUUGGAAAAGAGCGUGCGGAGACAAUAGAACUUGAUGAAUUCAUUGGUGAGGGCAACGGAGCAGCGGAGAGGCAAGAGAUGGAAGAGAUUGAGAUGGCUAAGAAAGUUGCGAAACCUAUGGAGAAGCGGAACACGUUUCGGGACCGUCUUCUUGUUAACAAGGACAAGAAUAUGACACUAAAGGAGCGGCAAAAAAAGGCAAGCAGAUUGGAGAAACAAAUUGCACCAUCUCCGGGUUACGCUGCUGCAAGAAAAAGUCUGACGACUGGGGAGUUGCAGGAGAACAACAAUACGUCCAAAAAACAGGUUUCCAACAACCACGUUGCUGAGAUCAGAGGAAAUCCUACGGCAGUGCAGCCUAAGGCGGCAGUCGCGAUGUCGGAAAAGAAUGUUUCGGCGUCUGCUCAAAAGCGUGCUGGUCGUCCUUCACACCCUCCUGAAGACUUGUCGUCCUCAAUGACAUACGAUGCAAGGGAGAUAGUAAAUGGCACGAAAGAGGCUGCAUCGAGGGUACCUAUUGCUGAACGGGAAGUGUCGGACGAACGUAGGACAGAGAUUCAGCGCAAACGCUUACACGAGCAGGCGAGACGAGACGGACACGACAUAAGCAAAAUUGAGCGUGGCGCACUGCUAAAACGUGUGAAUGAUGAAGAGAAGCAACGCCAAGAAGUGUAUUCGCUGGAGAGAGCCAAAUUGGAAUGCGAGUUAGAAGCAAAAAAGGUUCAGUUGCUGUUUGAAAAGGCUGCCGCACGUCAAAAGCUGGAUCAGCUCGGAGUAUCGCAAGCAGAGAUUGACCGCAUCUUCCCACUAUAA